GCAUAAAGGGUUAAUUCAUUCCUUUAAGGGCUCAGUCGACCGACACAACCCGAUAACAUGGCUGCCCUUCAGACGCUCAGCAUGUUCGUAUUCGCCCUUCUCACGUUUCUCGCAUCCGCGGAGAGCUUCUUCUUGUACAGCACGAAAAAAUCUGCACAGGAAAGAGGUCCGAUGCCACCUCAGUACUUCAGAGAGACGACGCCGGCCCAGAUGCCCUGGGGCCAUCCACAGCAAUUUACAUUCGACGGAUCUGGCCCGGUUACUGUCGCACUUCCCGUAGCUGUGCCCAUUCAACCUCAGCUUGCUCCGAUGCCGACGACGCUUAAAGGUAUGGUCCACAAUGUCCAGCUGGUGCCCUGCCUAUGCCCAGUGUCCAAGGACCUUCCGGAGAGUGUCCUUCAGCAGCAGCAAGGCUCUUCGCCGUACCUCGUUCAAAGCAACCCUCAGCCCACCACCACUCAAGCAUAACUGAAAGAAAAUCAAAUUAUUAGAAUUUGUUUAUGCUAUUUAUUAUUUACGCUUGAGAAACUCUGAAGACUGAUAUGAGAGACUGAUGUUUUUAUUUUUCUAUCUAUGUUUUUUUUUUUUAUACGGCAGAAUAUAUAUUGUGAAUUUUAA